CACAUCCGGAAGAGAAGUGCCAUUACUGGUCACACUUUGUGGAUAUACGUGUAGCGAUGGAUCCGCAGCCUCCACAGAAGCCAUGGGAAAGGCUUAUUCCAGGGGCAAUGAGUGCGCCUAUUAAUUACAGAUCUGCAAACUUCGGACCAGCUGCAGGCCCCUCCCACUCUGCAGGCCCUCCUGUCCUGACCCGGAUGGUGCCCCAGGUGCCCCCUCGUCCCGUCCAACAGGCGUACCGGCCGUCUUACAGCUCAUUCACCCCCUCCUACAGCCAAUACGGGAGCUCCAUGUAUGGGGGCUACAGCCCCUACGGCGCUGGCGGAGGCUACGGCGGAGGCUAUGGCGGAGGCUACGGCCACGGCCUCGGAGGGUACAGCCGCCUCUCCCAAACGGAAGACGUUGCCCCCAGCCGCUUCGUGCAGCAGGCGGAGGAGAGCAGUCGCGGAGCCUUCCAGUCCAUCGAGAGCAUCGUCCAGGCCUUUGCCUCAGUCAGCAUGAUGCUGGAUGCCACCUUCUCAGCGGUGUACAACAGUUUCCGCGCUGUGCUGGACGUGGCCAACCAUCUAACGCGGCUGCGCUCACACCUCACCAGGGUUUUGUCGGCAUUUGCUCUGGUACGCACCUUGCGCUACUUCUACCGGAGGUUACAGAGGCUGCUGGGGCGAAGGUCGGACACCGAGGUCGACGAAUUGUGGUCCGAUUGUGGUGCCAAUGAUGCCCUGGCGACGAGCGUGUCCGGCAGGGAUGGGACAGGGAUUGAGGGUCGGCCCGUGAAGUCCUGGCCGAUCUUUCUGUUUUUUGCCGUAGUCUUGGGGGGACCCUACCUGAUCUGGAAACUGCUGAGCUCAGGUCCUGGCUCAGAAGAAAAGGCCACUAACUGGGCCAACGGGGAGGACGACCACGUGGUGGCCCGAGCCGAGUAUGACUUUUUAGCUGCGUCCGAGGGGGAGAUCUCUGUGCGGGCCGGAGACAUGCUCAACCUCGCCCCCAAAGAGCACCAGCCCAAGGUGCGCGGCUGGCUGCUGGCCAGCGUGGGCGGCCAGGCUGUGGGACUCGUCCCUGCCAACUACGUCAAGGUCCUGGGCAAGAGGAGGGGCCUCAAGCACGCGGAGAUAGAGAGGCUCGCUGAGGUGCAGCAAGGGAACACUGCAGCACACCCACAGUCCAACCCCGCCCCAGGCUUCACCACCCCGGGCCUCGGUCCAGCCUCCGCCCUGGUCUCCACGGAGGUCCUGCUGGAGGCGGCGUACAGAGAAACGCCAGCCCCCUUCAGUCCGGGAACACCCGGCUCCAGCGUGCUCCCCAGCACGGUGCUGAACAUCCCAGAGAAGACUGACCUGUGAUGUUUGUGCGUGCCUUUCUCUGUAUGCAAGUAAUGUGCGUGUUUACAACAUUGGUUUGACUACGUCUGUAUUUGUUUGCAGCGUUUAUCUCUGAAGAUUUACUCUAUUAGCUGACUGGAGAUUCAGGUAAACACUGUAGACCUCCAUUGAGAAUUUCUCAAAGUAGUUCCAUGGCUGCUUAUUUAAAUCAUCGAACACCACCUGGACUUUGUGAUAAGAUUAAAGGUCAAAAGGGGUUUUCAUACAGUUUUCCUGUUUAGAACAAAUGUGUCUCAAAUUGGGAGGUUAUCCUUCCAUUUCUUGUACAAGAAAGAAAGUUUAGUGUGUUCUCUAAAUACGAUACUCUGCCGUUCUUAACAUCAUGUCUGAUUUAAGAUGUAAUAUCUUAAUAUUGUUCAAUAACAAUAAUUAGCUUAAUGUUGAAGUUGAGAUGCACUGCUACAUUAUCUGUAUACUGACAGUUUCAUGUUCUUUUGCCCCACUUGGUCCCCUGCAUUAUCUUCUUUGUGUGGCAAAUGGGAUUGGAUUCUUAAUUGCUCACUUUGCACAUGUUCAGAUGUUUGUUAGUCACAGAUUGUAAUUUUGUAAAUAUUUAAUAUAAUUAUUUUGAAAAUAAAUAUUUUAAAAAUCA